CUAUUUUUAUGUUAUACUCUAUGGCUGCUCAGCAAGUGGUUGUGAUCUGAUUGUGAUCGUCUUUGACGUUCAUCAACAAAAAGAUACAAUGAAUAGUGUAUACGAUUAAUAAAACAUUUGAGAUGAAAAUUAAAAUAUGAUAAAAAGUACUUCCUUUUUGUAUAAUUUUACAAAACGCUUCCAAGUUCAAUCAAAUCACAUGAGGAUUUAAGUGCUUCCGAUUAACACAUUUUUGCAAUUUUUUUAUUUAAAAAAUUUAGAACCAUGUCGCUGAGUGCAAGUGCAGAAAAUUUGUCAUCCGAUGGACAAAACGGCGGUGGAAACGACAGCAAUAUGUGUCUAGAAUUGGCGCUGGAGGGUGAGCGACUUUGUAAAGCUGGCGAUUGCAAAUCUGGAGUGGCAUUUUUCCAAGCUGCCAUUCAAGCCGGUACUGAUGAUUUGAGGACCUUAAGUGCUAUUUACAGUCAAUUGGGCAAUGCCUAUUUUUAUCUAGGUGACUAUGUAAAGGCAAUGAAUUAUCAUAAACUUGAUUUAACUCUUGCAAGAUCAAUGGGCGAUAAAUUAGGAGAAGCAAAGUCAAGCGGUAAUCUUGGUAAUACAUUAAAAGUUAUGGGAAAAUUUGACGAAGCAAUGAUAUGCUGUAAAAGGCAUUUAGCAAUUUCCAAGGAGAUGGGCGAUAAAAUGAGCGAAGGAAGAGCAUUGUAUAAUUUAGGCAAUGUUUAUCAUGCAAAAGGAAAACAAGGAAGAAUAGGUUAUCAAAAUCCUGGUGAAUUCUCAGAAGAAGUUAGACAAUGUUUACAACAAGCGGUAUUUUAUUAUGAAGAAAAUUUAAAAUUAAUGAGAGAAUUUUGUGAUUCUGCUGCUCAAGGUAGAGCAUGUGGCAAUUUAGGAAAUACCUAUUAUUUAUUGGGAGAUUUUCAACAAGCAAUUUUUUAUCACAACGAAAGAUUAAAAAUAGCGCGUGAAUUUGGCGAUAAAGCGGCCGAACGUAGAGCAAAUAGUAAUUUGGGAAAUUGCCAUAUCUUUUUAGGGGAAUUUGAAAAAGCAGCUCAACACUAUAAACGAACUUUAGUAUUGGCCAAGGAAUUAGGUGAUCGAGCUGUUGAAGCACAAGCAUGUGAUUCCCUUGGUAAUACAUAUACAUUGCUUCGUGAUUAUCCAACAGCUGUAGAAUAUCAUCUUCGUCAUCUUGAGAUUGCUCAACAAUUAAAGGAUAAAGUUGGCGAAGGUCGAGCUUGUUGGUCGCUUGGAAAUGCUUACUCGGCAAUGGGAAAUCAUGAAAAGGCCCUUCAUUUUGCAAAUCAGCAUUUGAAUCUAUCUAAAGAAUUGGGUGACGAAAUGGGACAAGCGACAGCUCAAAUGAAUGUUGAGGAUCUUCAGAAAAUUCUUGGAAUCGAUAAGAUUAUUCCAAAAGAUGAGAAAUGCAAUAAAACACAAACUAUUAAGGCAGCAGUUACCAAUAUUGCUGCUUCCUCUCCCGGAAGGUACAGACUGCGUCGACAAAGUAUGGACAAUUUGCAUCUCAUCAAGUUAACACCUGAAGGAAAGAAAAGAGAAAUAAGUGAAUGUCCUCCUCCAGCAAGAGCCGGAAUUGCACCUCAACCCUCGCAAGAAGAAGAUGAAAACAACUUUUUCGAACUUCUUUCUCGGUUUCAGUCUGGCAGAAUGGAUGAUCAACGUUGUGCUCUUCGUACAAAUACAAAGCCAAAAAUUAAAGUUACUGCUAAUGAGAAUAAAAACGACGAGGACGAUUUACUUGAAUUAAUAGCAGGUAUGCAGAGCAAACGAAUGGAUGAACAACGUGUAGUGCUUCCAUUUUUACCUGGCCUAAACGCCAACAGUGCCAAUCAAUCAACAAUGCAUUCUCCACAAGACACUGACGAUUCAUUCAUUGAAAUGCUUGUACGAUGUCAGCAAGGUUCGAGAAUAGACGAUCAACGGAGUAUAUUACCAAUAUCUUCGAAUCUACAAGAUCCUGAAGAUGUCGAGAACCAAAGAACAAAUGAAAAUGUUCAAGCAGGUGCCACAGUUCCCGAAGAAGAUCUUUUUGCUUUAAUUCAAAGGCUUCAAGCGGGACGUAUGGAGGAUCAACGGGCUUCGGGUCCUGGAAAAACUUAGUAUCGUACUAACUUCCACUAUAUAUAUAUAUAUAAUAAAAAUUAACUGACGUUUAUCUAAUGUAAAAUCUUAGAUAUCUUCGAUCAAAUAGUUUGCCCAGAGUUUUAUUUGGCGCUAAACCUAUGAUCUGUUUCAUUGACACACAAAUUGUACAUCAUAAUUAUUUUAUCAUUUAAGAUACAACUUUUUUACUUGUAUUAUUACAUAAUAUGAAAAUGUAACACAAUUUCUUGAUACGUUAUACGUUCCAGAAAAAUUAUAUACUUCAUUUUUUCUUCAUAACUAGAUGAAAUACAUUAUUUUACCCUUAUUAUUAAAAUUA